UUCACUCGUUGUUUCCCAUACCUUACCUCUUUGUCCCUCUGCUUCCCACUGUGAAACUUCCUUAUCUCCCUUCCUUUCCUUUUCACUUUUUACCUUACUUUGCUUUCCAUCUACAUACCCUAUCUCUCUCUCUCUCUCUCUACCUCACAUCACACAUUCCCCCCUUUUAAGCCCUUACCCUCCAACCAUAUAAGCCUAUUCCCUCACACUCUUUCACUCAACAAACUUAUUAACACUUUGUUUAGUAGCUGCAGAUUGCAAUGGAAGAGUAUUACUACAAGAGGCACCACAUGCAUGUGCCAGCGUUUGGAAGCUGGGAUUGGAAUGAUAAUCUUCCUUUCACACAAUGCUUCGAGUCUGCGAGACAAGCUGGUUUGCUUAGGUAUAGUUACUCGGAGUCUGAAGAUAGAGAUCUUUAUGUCACUGGGGACUUGUACGAGAAUGAUGUUGUCACACCCGCUAUGAUCGUUGUUCCUCGCAAAAGGGAAAAGGUACGUUGCCAGAAUGAAAAAGAAGAAAAAAAGCAGAAUUGGGUGAGUAACGUGAAAGAGGUACCUACCCCAACUAGUCCAAUGCCAAUGCCAAGACCAAAACCAAAGCCUGUGGAUGAGGACUUGUACAAGAUCUCACCAGAGCUUCUUUAUGCCAAAACUAGGAAGAAGAGAGGGUUGUGUUUCUUCCCUAGCUGCUUCACACCAACUUGCAUUGCCUGAGAUAUUUGAGGAGCCCAUGUACAUAUAAGUGAAAUAGAGAAUAGAUACUUUAUUGGAUGAUAUUUAUUUGAAAGCAGUAUAUUUUCGGACCAUGAAGAUUACUAUCAUUAUAUAUAGUGACGUGAUUAUUGUGGCAAGGUCUUGCUCUUUUAUUCUUUGACUUUACCGUUUAGUAAAGUUUUUGUUGGGGUGUGUUUUUAGUUUUUGAUGUACUUCGAGGUGAAUCAUUGUUAGGACUUGAAUUUUGGUUGUAAAAGUUCUGUAACCAGAUGUUUAAAGAAACAAAAAAGUUCUUUUUCUAUCUGAUAAUUCUGAAGGAUAUUCUUCUCA